AUGGACUCACUGAUCGAGGUCGACGUGAGCGACCAAUCUGCUGGUCCAGCUUUGUCCGUGGGCACCCAGCGUGACAGAAUUGCACCUGGCGUAGAUCUCCUCUUUGACGGUGCCAUUCACGAUGAAUCCGCCCUGACCAACUGCCCGCUCCUCGUGCCGGGUGCUUACGAUCAGCCUGCCAGUUCCGCCUCAGGCGCCCUGUCUGAGCCCCAGCAGCUGGGCACCGAUGAGCAGCAGCUGGGUACGGGUGAGCAGUCGACCGCCUUGGUCCCUGCUGAUGAUGAUGAUGAUGCCAUGACAAGGGUCAACGACCAUCAAGAGAAUGGGGUACAGCCUCUGGGCCAGCACUCUGCCCAUCAUGAGGACCGGCUCGUACCUGCGGCCAAGGAUACCACUGACGAACCAGCUGCCGUAUACUUUACUACAUCAUCGGCCAAGCUGGUGGGAGUCGCCGUUCGAACGUGGCGCCACAACUCCCGAGCUAUCCAGGGUGAACACGGCCGUCGCCCGGUUAUUGCCAACUUCAUUGUCUCCCACAACCCAGAUUCCGCCCUGGGCGUCAUCGAGGCUGCCUACCGAGACAUGAGGAGUGCAAGCAGCAGGUGCACCAUUGAACUGCGAAGCACCCCCAACGGCGGCUCCUACCUACGGAUCGCCGCGCCUACAAAGGCGGAUGCUGAUGAACUGAUUGAGACGACCCGAUUGCAGGUCGAAGACCUGAUUGCAGACCGGCCCAAUCUGACCAAGGGCCUUUUCGUCGAGCCCCCCUCUGCCACAGGCCCUGAUUUCGUCAUCGUACUCGACGCUACAUCCGGCGGUGCCCGACACCGCCUAGAGCUGCGCGACGGCACUCGACCUAACGUGAGACUCGAAGAACUGGCCGCUGAACAUGAGAAGGCCCUCUCGAGCACUCUCUUCGACGCGCUGAACAAAGCCGGUCGCCUGCGAGCUGCUCUCAACCUGAAGAUACACCUUGGUCAUUACAUGCUCCAAAGAUAUCAGAAAACCAUCCCUGCUUUCCAGUUCGAACAGUUCGAGGCCAUGGUGAAGAACUCUCGAGCUUCCGGACGACUGAGAACUCAUAUUGGUGACGAGGCCCUUGCUGGCGCCAUGCUGCGGGUGAUCCGGGCUCCCCAUAGUCCCUUCCUUCCCACCGACAACCAGACUCCAUCGGCAGCCGACGUCGCCCCGCAGUACGCCUUUGAAGCGUGCUCGGAAGAGGUGAGGUUCGAGACAGAGCUCGAGCCAACACAUGCCUCCCACGCUUCUGGGGGUGAUGGCGUCCGGUACCGCAUGGUGCGGACACGAGCGUUCCCGCUCAACGCCACCAUCUCCGAGCUCGACAUCACCAACAUUAGUAUGGGAAGCAAGCUCGAUUGGAAGGUGGAAGCCGUGGCUGAGGACCGCGACGAGAAGAAGUUCCAUGGCGUCAACGCCUACUUCCAGUCGGGAAAAAUCCACAUGCAGGGCCCGCACGGAGGCUGCAACGCCUACCCCAGGAUUUGGCUGGCUUGCGAUAGCGCCAUGGCGGGUUAUUUCAAGUCAGCCACAGUCAAGAGCGUCUACCGCUUCAACUGGAAGGAAACGGCAUAUAUUGUUGAGCUGGCCAUUAACCGCCAAUGGGAUGGCAUCCGAUCCAUGGUCGCCAACAAACCACCGACGGUCGAUUUUGGUCUUAGUGUCUACGGAGAAGCGUGGGAUGAAGAGAUGCAGUUGCUCGGCGGCAGAUCAGCCAGCCACGUCUGGGGCAAAGACCUUAAAGGUUUGUUUGCCGCCGAGGGCAACAGUCAAACCGGCGAGGGGGUGGGCAGGGUGCGGGGAUUCCUGCAGACGGUACGCAAUAUCCGAGACGCCUUCGAAGGUGUUGAGGGAUAG